AUUUAUUUCUCAUCUAGGUUAUUAAAUAAAUAAAUAAAAAAAUGGUGUUUCUCGCUAGUGCUAUUUCUGAUGCUCGUAUCGAAGAAUCUAGAAAAAAUGGAGAGUUUCAUCCUGACGCUGUUGGUACAACUAUUUAUGGUACUCAUUGGGCUUCAGAGGAUAUUCCAAGAUUUGAAUUGCCAGAGAAUGAAAUGCCAUCCAAUGUUGCAUAUAGAUUAAUUAAAGAUGACUUGGCUCUCGAUGGAAAUCCUGCACUUAAUCUUGCUACUUUUGUAACAACUUAUAUGGAAGAUGAAGCAGAAAAAUUAAUGACCGAGAAUCUUUCAAAAAAUUUCAUUGAUUAUGAAGAAUAUCCUCAAAGUGCAGAACUUUGUAAUCGAUGCGUUAAUAUGAUUGCUCGUCUCUUUCAUGCACCUAUGCAUAGUGCAAGUGAAGAAGCUUUAGGUUGUUCAACAGUGGGCUCAUCUGAAGCUAUCAUUUUAGCUACCCUUGCUAUGAAACGUCGUUGGCAAAACGCACGCAAGAAAGCAGGUUUACCUUUUGAUAAACCUAAUUUGGUUUUGGGUGCUAAUUGUCAAGUAGCUUGGCAUAAAGCAAUUCGUUAUUUGGAAAUUGAAGGUCGCGAAGUAGAAUGUACUGAAGAUUGUCUUUAUAUGAAUCCUCAUAAGGCGAUUGAGCUUGUAGAUGAAAAUACGAUUGGUGUUUGUGCCAUUUUAGGUUCUACCUAUACUGGCCACUAUGAAGACGUCAAGACACUGAAUGCACUCUUGGAAGAAAAAAAUAAAGAAAAAGGUUGGGAUGUGGGUAUUCAUGUAGAUGCUGCUAGUGGUGGGUUUGUUGCCCCCUUUGUAAAUCCUGAUCUUGAAUGGGAUUUCAGAUUAAGUCGAGUGGUAUCGAUCAACGUCUCUGGUCAUAAAUAUGGAUUAACGUAUGCUGGUAUCGGAUUUUGUCUUUGGCGAUGCCCUGAAUACCUCCCUAAAUCAUUAAUUUUUAAUAUUAAUUAUCUUGGAAGUGAUCAAGCUUCAUUCACAUUGAACUUUAGUAAAGGAGCGUCUAAUGUGAUUGCACAGUAUUAUGUCUUGAUUCGUCUGGGCAAGAGUGGAUUUAAGAAGAUCAUGACGAAUUUGACAGAGACUGCAGAUUAUUUGACUGAUAGGUUACAGGAGACAGGUCAUUUUACGAUCCUGAGUGAGAGAGAGGGUCGUGGAUUGCCGUUAGUCGCAUUUAGACUGAAUGAAAGACAUCACUAUGAUGAAUUUGAUAUUGCUUCAAGGUUACGUGAACGUGGAUGGAUUGUACCUGCUUAUACAAUGGCUCAUAAAGUAGAACAUAUGAAGAUGUUGAGAAUCGUCGUUCGUGAAGAUUUCUCUCGUUCUCGUUGUGAAAUUUUAGUAAGAGAUAUCUUGGCUACUAUUCAUUCUUUAAAUGAACUUGAUGAAAAGACGAUUGCCAAAGGACGUCAACAUCGUGCCAAGCACUCUCAUAGCUCAAUUUAUACUAAUAAUCCUAACAAUGCUACUCGUGAAGAUGGUCAAUCAUCAAAGUCAGAUGAUGAAUCUAUCAAUACUAAAAAGAAGUCUGCCCAAAUAUGUUAAGCUUUAAUGGUCUUUA